AAAUCGUUUUACAAAGCUGCAUUUUACAGGGGAAUUUCCUUUGUGCGCCAUUUUAACUUCGCAGCGAAGCCGACAGACAGGCAGGCAAACGACGUAGACCCACAUCCCUACUUUCUUAUCGAAGAAAAUCAAAGAAAAUGUCGGAAGAGAAAAAGGAUGAGAUUAAACCAGAAAGCAGUGAACAUAUUAACUUGAAGGUCACUGGACAAGAUGGCAGUGUUGUGCAUUUUAAAAUUAAGAAAAACACUCCUUUGAGGAAGCUGAUGUCUGCGUAUUGUGACAGAGCAGGUUUAAAACUCGGUGUUGUGCGGUUUAGGUUUGACGGAAAUCCCAUUAAUGAAACAGACACACCCUCAGGGUUGGACAUGGAAGAUGGAGAUAGUAUAGAUGUAUUCCAGCAACAGACGGGAGGCUUAUUGUGAGAGUAACAUGAAACAGACUAGUUAGUGUGAGUGAUAAAAGCAACACAGGGACAAAGUGAUGGUGCCUGAAUUUCAUCCUUCAUCUCAUUUUGUUUAUAGUUCAUUGUGCUCUUCAUUGGCACCAGUGUGGUUAAAGGCUACAGCAGAGAAAGUACCUCAAGAGCAAUCAUGGGACGUCCGCACUUCUGGUGUCACCAGCUUAAACAUGUUUUUAUGUUCUGUAUAUAGUUUAUGUAUAUUUUGAAAAAAAGAUUUUGACAUUAAGUAAUGUGACCUGUGAAAAGUUUAUUGUACCAAGUUUGUGGGCUCCAACUGUAUCUUGCUUGAGACUGUCUAAGGCCUGUAAUUUUUCAAUUUUAAGUAUACCUCAGACUGUCUAGGAAGUGUGUCUGACUGUUCCUUAUAAGCAUUAAGCUCCACUUUAAAAGCCAACACAUUGAAUUCCAAUUGAAUUAUGCAUCUAGUCUUAUCUAGCAAAGAGUUGAAUUUCAGAUUUCAUAUAAACAGUUUAUUAGUAACUUACCAUGAGUUCCCUGUGAAUGAUUUUAAUGUUUUAUAAUUUAUUAAUUUCUGAUGGUAUGUAUCUGGUGUCAUAGUUUUUAUCAGUACUUUUGUAAAAUAUAGGUUAGAAUUUGUGAGUCCUGUUCAGCUAGAAAUGUUUGGGUUUUUUUUUUUUGUCCGUUUGAAAAUUUAUAAAUGAAAGAGACAUGGGGACCAUGAACUGACCUAAAUGAAAUUGGAAAGAGGCUGAUACAAGCGGUUGUUAUUUUAAGUAAUUAACAUGAUUGUUUGCAAUAUGUUGUAUAAACAGUGUAAUUCAUUUCUCACAUUUGUCAGUAAAAGUAUACAAGUUUUUA